AUCAGUCCUUCUAGAGACUUGCGCUACUUGCAACUUGAAGCGCACUAAUAGAAACACGUGGAAGCAUGAGCGGAAUCGUGCUGCUUUCUCUGGUGUCCUUGGCCGCGGCUACGCCGAUAACCUUCGGCCAAGAUGGAAAGCAGUACAUGUUGCAGUUAUUUAGCGGCCAUUACGGGAUCGAUCGAUCUGAUCAGGAAAUCUCCGGUACUUCCGGCGGCGGAGGUGACUACGGAAGUAGCUAUGGAGGUGGCUAUGGAGGUGGUUAUGGAGGUAGUGAUAUCGGGGGUGGCCAUGGGGGUGGUUUCGAAGCUAGUUCUGCUAGCGGGCAUUUAGAAUCCGGUAGUAGUCUCGACAGUGGUCAUCAGGAUUUCUCUUCUGGCGGAUUUGACGGUGGUCACACUGGUGGAGAUGGUGGCCAUGGAAUCUCACUGGACAGCGGACAUAAUUAUGUUCACAGUGUUCCUGUUUCUGAGCAUGUUGAAGUGACAAAACCUGUUGCUAUACCAGUCUACAAACACAUUGGUGUGCCGGUCCCGAAAUCAGUACCGAUACAUGUGCCGCAUCCAGUAGCAGUUGGCAUUCCGCAACCUUAUCCCGUUCACGUCCCCGUACCAAAGCAUAUUCCCAUACAAGUCGUGAAGACGGUGGCGGUUCCGGUAGAGAAGAAAGUGCCUUAUCCUGUGGAGAAGCACAUACCGAUACCCAUCGAGAAGCCAGUUCCCAUCACAAUCGAGAAACACAUCCCCUAUCCAGUCGUGAAGCCGUAUCCUAUCAAGAUUCCCGUUUACAAGACUAUUUAUCAUCACGCGAAGAAGCAUUAAAGUGUGCCUAUGGCAUGGAGGAUUUCUAUGGAUAGGGAAGAACGUGGUAUACUAUGUAUAGUCUAAGGUUAUGCUCUAAAAUUCGCCAGUGCUGAAAAUCUAUUUCGCACGUAAACUAUAGAUUUUUAUAGUGCUGACAAUGAAUUUUGGAACACAGCUUAAAACUAUAGUCUACCUGAUGCUACCUGAUGCUACAAAGUUUCGAAGCAUUUUUCAAUUGGUUAGUAAAAUUUUUUUUUGAUUGAUUAAUCAAAAAUACUUCGAAGCGUUUGUAGUGUUAAGUGAAUCACACCCUAGAAAUAACUCUUAGCGAUCCACAUCUUUUAAUAAUAAAUUUUAAUAAUAAAUUUUAAUAAUAAAUUUUAGAGGCUAUAGUCCACUUGAUGCUGCAAAUAUUUUGAAGCAUUUUUUGAUUCUGAGAUAAAUUUAUCUAAAAUACAUAUGUAUUAGUCUAACAUCUAACUUUGAUCGUAAUUGGUGCUUCUCAUACUCAGUUAAUUCUUUGAUUAGGUAAUUAGUAAAAUUUUUCCUUUUUUUUGAUUGGUCAAUCAAAAGGAAAUUUUAAAGCAUUUGUAGGACACUAAGUGGACCGCAUCCAUCAAUUAAAACACACCGAAACAUUUAAAUUAAGAAUAUUAAUUUGAGUGUGAUUAGAACCGACAGGAUGCGUACUUUGUAUGAAAAUAUUUUCUUUUUUACUCAAAGACAUUGUUACAGCAGCCCUACUUUUGCUGAAAAACAAGUACGCUCUGUAUCUCUAAAAAAUAUUAUAGUUAAAUAAUUUACUGAGUGCUUGGAUUGCUCAGAGUUAAUUCAGCUGUAUUAGCUACUAGCUGUUUAUUUGAAACUUAUUUAACUUUAAACAUUAGUAACUUUGCGAAAGAAACUGUAAGAACCGAUUAACUUGAACUUAACGACGCACGUUUAUCUAUCCUAAUUCUCAUAGCACUACAUGCCAUCAAUAAGGAGAAAGUUUACGAAAAAUAACCCAUGUUCGCUUGAUCGAGUACUCUUCGACUCUGCUUUACUUUUUUGUAUAUACGCGUAUUUGUAAUCGUCAGCGCAACUAGCGCGUUGUUAAGCCACUUUUUUAAUGUUUUGUUUGUUCUGUUACGUUUUUGAAUAAAAUGCUUACAAAACUAAA